AUGUACAAUUUGGAUAAAGUACUUUAUAUUUACAUUUACGUUCACGUUUAUUCUAACUGUGUAUAAAUGAGAUUUGAUUGAUUUAGUUUACUUCAUUGUAUUGUAUUUCCAUUUCUGUAAUGCGUUUGAAUUCUCGUUUCUUGUUAUAUUCUUCAACGAAAUUUAUUAGUUUGUUAUGUUCCUCAUGAGACAAGGUAUUAAAUUUCUUCUUCUCAUUCUGUAUCCAUUCCUCUAUAUUUUCUGACUGAUUAAAAUAGUAAUAAAUACUAAUUGGGAAUAAUAUGUACGACAUCAUUCUUCCAAUCUCCAUUUGCCAAUUUCCCAUUUUCUAAAUAUCUAAACAAACCAAAGAAGAUACAGCAUAUACAGGUAUAAAAUACAGCUUCUUAUCAAUAUAAGAUAUAACUGGUUUUGUUGUAAAUAAUAAGAUGUAAUCACAUUGGAUCUGAAAAACACAACACACAGUAUUGAACGUUGUGCAAUGAAAUAUCGUGUAUCAUACUAUUCAAGACGAUGUUUUCGCGUUUCAGCUCUAACUAACAAUUUAUAAUAACAUCUAUGACGUACUUGCAAAAUGCUUGAAUCCGCAAGAAAUUUCUUCCUAUUCCUAUAUCAUAUAAAUAAAUCAUUUGCUAGACAUGCAAUCACUAAGAAACUAUAAACAGUUUUGAUGUUGGCAAAAUUGUUUUGCCUAAGAAAGUUGUCUCAUUCAAGAUUCUUUAAGAUUCAUAUUAUGGUAUCGUUUCGAACUCUGUAAUAAACAAAUAAGUUUGAAUUUUUCAAUGAUACCCGUGGACUUUAAAUGUUGAUAGGCACUAUGGAAACAUUAUUACCUUCGGAAGUAGCUAGAUUGGUUCUUGGUAAGAGUGACACGACGUGUGCUUUGCACAUCAUAUUAUGAUAACCUGUUGUAUGGCGGGAAUAUAUGUAUACUUUUUGAUCAUGCAACGAAACGUGUCAGAAUUUUAUAUAAGCAUGAAAUUGACACGAAAUAAGCAACAAAUUUUAUACAAAUAAACGUAAUCAAUGUCAAAUUGAAUACAAAUAGAUGUUGAAUAUAAUAAAUCGUAAGCAAUACCACAUUGUAACCAAUAAGAUGAUUUAUUGUAAUCAAUAUGAUAAAUCAUUUUAUUUUUAAAUGUAUACAUAUAUGCGUACAUUAAAUACGUAUAAUUUACAUAAUAUAAUAUAUAUGUUUAUAAAAAACCAGUAAAUCUUUACAUAUGAUUUAUAAGCUUAUCUGAACAAUUUUAGGAUAUCUUGAAAGUCAGAAAUGCAUGGAAGCUGCAAAAAUAUUUUUAGAAACGUCACCGCAUUUACAAGAAUGUCGCACUGUAAUUUCAAAAGGAAAACGAUUCAGUACUAAAGUUAGUGGAAUGGCUUUGAUCGAUAUAAUCGAAAAGUUUUUUGCUAUCAAUUCAACUGUUGAUAAUUACCUUGGAAAAAUUGUUAAUUGCAAACAACCAAAGUAUUGUGAAGAUUUACUGAAAGAAUUAAAAUUUCUUAUUGAACAAACUCAGGGAGAACACUUUAUUGUUAAUAUCAAUGUUCCCUCGCAGAGUAAUUCUCAAAUAUGCAAUGAUUCUCCUAUAAAAAAUACAAGUAAUAGUAAUACACGUAAAAGGCAUCACAGUAAUAAUGAUCGUGAGAGAUGUAAACGCACAAAAAUAACAUCAAAUGCACAACAACAUGAUUCAUCCUCUGACAAAGCACAUUUUGAUAAUGUGGAAGCAACUCCAUUAGAAAGUCUACCAGGUCAUAUGGAUAUGUUAGAACUAACAAAAUGUAGUAUUAAUAUGAAACAGAAGAAAUAUAGUAACUUUAUGAAACAACAUGAAGACGGCGAUUUAAAUAUUCAGAACACAGAGGAUAUUAUCACAUAUAAUGCAUGUACGGAAAACAAUAUAAAAGAUUUGCACGCGUUUGAUAAAUGUACCACAGCAACAAGUACAGAAGAAUUAUUGAGUUAUUCAUGCGCAGAAGUUCAAACAACUCCAUAUGAUACGUUGGAAUCUGAAUCAGAGAGUAAUGAUGAACCAAUAGAAAAUCUUAGUCUAUUAACGAAAGAGCUCUUAAACCGCACAGAGUUACAAGAGCGAAUCGCUGAAAAUAUUAACAAGGCAAUACUUCCAACAGAUAUAUCAUUGAAAGAUGAAAGUUUAAAUGAGUCUCUAAAUGGUGAAGCAAAUACUUCUCUUAUGGUGGAAUUGAAUAAUGCAGUUAAAUCAAUAGUAGAAGCUACAGAGUCUGAUCCUGUGUUUGAAAAAUUUCUUGAGGAAAUUAUUGGGCCUCAUGUAGAAACUGAUGCAAGUCAUGAUGAAGAUACUGAGGUUCAACCAAAAACAAAGAUUGCUAAUGAAUCGCAAGAUAAACAAAAUGAAAUGACCUCAAGUAGUAAUUCAUUAGAAUAUAUGGUAUUAGAUGACAAACCAUCCACAGAAUUAGAUACACCAUUAAAUGCAGAUGUGCCAUUAAAGCACAGACUUCGUAGUUCUUCUAGACAACAAAAUGUUCGAAAUGAAGAUGAGCAACGUGAUCAAGAAAGUACAUUGGAAGAUCAAAACGCUGCUGCAGUAUUAAGUAUAAUAAAUGCAAAUAGUGUUAACAAUAAAAUAGUAAACGAUAAAAGAACGAAAGAAGUUGUAUGGUUAUUAGACAAUGAUAACAAGAAAGAGUUGUCAGCAUUUGAAGUUUCUGUUGAUAAAAAUACAGAGAAAGCCGAAAAAUUAACAACCGAUGCUACUAAAAAAGACAGUAACGUUGUUUCGAUGAUCCAAAGUAAUGACACAGAUUCAAAGAUUAAAAAGUCAUCGGUAAAACGAUUACGACAUCCGAAGUCUAAACAACAAAAAUCAGAAGAUAGCGCAAACAAAUAUACAUCCGAGCAAGACAUAGUGACAAUACCAACGUUAGUAAUGUGUUCAAAGGAAGAAAUAAGUAAUACGUUAUCGAAAAAUGCACGCACUUGUUCCACUCGCACUACUACAAAUUCGAGGUUUAUUCCUAUUGCUCCCAAAGAUUCCAGUAAAAUAAAUAAAGAUUUCGUGGAAACAUUAUAUCUGAAAACCGUAAAUGUUGCUCAGAAAGUAACGUCACCACUUUUUAAUACAUCAAAUGAUUUAAAAAAUUUCAUUUCUUGUGCAAUAACGAUGACGACUAUAACUACAACGACAACAACAACGGCUACGACAGCAACGACGACGAUGACAGUGCAAGCAUCUCAAAAAGAAAAUAAUAACAAAAUAAAUAAUGAUAAAGAGAAAAGCCGAACCGUAUAUAAUAAUAAUAAUUUUAUUGGUAACUCAAUUGCAAAUUCCGCAUGGCCGAAUACCGUUAAAUCAGUUGCUGGAGAAUCGAUAACUCUAUAUGGCAGUGAAACCAGCACAAAAACGUUAUUAGAUAGUUCAAAUAUGCCUACAAUAAACAUAGAUGAUAGUAUUAGCUUAUCCAAUUCUGGAUUAUCUCCAUAUAUAAAAUUUAAUUGCAGCAAGAACAAUCAACAUCAAAAUUUAUCAGACAUUGAUUUGACGCCUGUCAUUCAGAAUGCGAAAGUUGCUCCAUUGAAAAUGAAUAGUAUCAUUAACGAUCACCAAUCUUCAGCGUCGAAAAAAACCGAUUGUGAUAUCAUUAGCAAACGUACUCCAAGAUCGUUGCUGAGAAGUAGAUCAAAAAAUUAUAGAUUAAGUUUAUCGACACCAAGGAGAAGAAGUAGUCAUAUAAGAGCCCUUGAUUUUAACACACCGAUGAAGACAACUAUGUCUGAUCAAAUGAUUGAUGAAAACAAAGGUUCGCAUUUUUCAGAAUCCGCGAAACUCGUUACGUCUGUAUGUAGAACUACUCUUUUUAAAUCACCACAACUUACUAAUGCUAGUGCGUCUACUCAUAAAAUUAAAACUCCAUUAAAACAUUAUCCUUGUCAACUUCCAAUAGCAACAAGAAGUCCAGCGCCUAAGCUUAUGGGUGAAUGGGAGAAAUAUAACGGACUUGGGAUAAUUAUAGGCGAUGUCUCUCCAUGUUCAAACAUCAAUGUUUCUUCGGAAAAUAAAUUUGUCAAGAUUCAAUCGAAAUCUCUGGAUCUUACGAAAGGUGCAUGGGAUGCAGAUUUACGAAAAGCUUUACACAUCACUCUAGACGAAGACCAAAAACGGAAAAUGUCUGCAAGUAACAAAAAAAGAAAUAAUGCGAAAGUUGCUAAAUCAAGUGUUUUCUCAUCGACAAAGAAGGACAAACGCAAUUUACGUACAAAAGGAAAACGUAAAAAUACUGCACCAAAGGAAGAUGAUAUCAUGCAAGAUGCAAGAAAUGAACGUAAUAUAAAAAAGUGGAAUAUAAUGGAAUCGUUGAUAACAAAAACCAUAGAUUGUAAUACGUCCGAGGCGAAGGAAGAUUUUCUGGAUGCUCACGUUAAUAAUACUCAAGAAAUUAAAUUGUCUAAUACAAAAACAGUAAAAAAAAGUAAUUCUGUUGUUGAACAAAAGAAUACUCAAGAUCAAUUAUUGUUAGCAAAGACCAAUCAUCUGUAUGAUAAUGCAACAAUAACGAUAACAACAGCGACGACAACAACAACAAUAACAGAAACGGCAGCCAAUAAUUUACCUGUUGAAAAGAAAAAUAUAAAAAAAUAUGCUCAAUUAAAAACGUUGAAGACUAAUCUAAAUAAAUAUAAUCGAACUGAAGAGAAACCAUAUUUAGAAAAUAUCAUCUCGGUGGAUGCGAUGCAGAAUUCAGAAUCGAAAACUUCUAUCGAUAUUACGCAACAAUUGCUACAAAUGCCUAAUUUGCUCGAUCACGGAACACCGAAAAAAUUGGAGAAUCUCAAUGAUAUUCCAAUGACACCAAGAGUGCUGAGUCCAAGCAGUAAUACAACACCGUUUUUCAUUAAAUGUGACGAUGAUUCUAGUAAAAUACGAUGCUUUAUAAAUACACCAGAAUUUCCAAAAACACCAUGCAUUGCGUUGACACCGAAAAUAGACGAAACAGCCGCAGAUAAUACAAGAAAAGAAACAUUUGAUUCUUGUUCUCCGUAUUAUAAACCUACUUCUGAGCAAAAUGAACGUGAAAAACAAACGAGAUCGAGCAAUAGUACAGAAAAAUUACAAUGUACAGACCAGCGUAUACCUGAGAAUAUUAUCAAUUCUACAAACAUGUAUCAAGCCUGUGUAUCUACAAAAUUAGAAAUAACACAGUUUGAAGUGAUUAAAGAAAAUUUACCAAAAGAAGAAGCGAUAAAAGAACUUAAAAUAUCAGCUAAUUCACGGGAUGAAUCACUUUAUAUAAAAGCUGAUUGUAUCGAGGAUGUUAAUAAGUCUAAUGUGAAUAAAGAUAUGUAUGAAAAAACGAAUGUUAGUAAUGAAAAAUAUUUACCAAAUAGCGAAGAAUCGAACGAUAGCAACGCGUCAUCAUCUUCUUCUUCAUCGCUAUCCUCAUCGUCAACUUCAUCGUCAUCGUCGUCGUCCUCGUCCUCGUCGUCAUCGUCGUCAUCAUCGUCAUCACCAUCGUCACCAUCAUCAGCUAUUUUAACUAAUUUAAAAACUUCUCCUGACAAGAAAUGCAAAAAAAUUGCAAUUCAAAACUGUACUAAUACAAGCAACGAUAUGACAUGCAAGCUUACAAAUGUUACAGAAACAGUAAAUGAAAAAACGGAAUGUUCAACAAUUGUAGAAAAUAAUGUUUUAGAGAAGGAGGCAGUCGUUGCUUUAAAAGGAUGUGAGUCUUCACCAUUGAAAGUAUUUCCAUUGUUAAAAAAUGAAGAAGAUUAUAAAACUAAUAUGAAAGAAACGCCUGCUAAAGACGAAACUUUUAAUGAAGUGGAUAUUUCUGAGACUCCCAAUAGUUCAAAGAUUGGCAUAGAGAAUUUGACUAAUUUGUCCUCUAAAAUUUCUGCGUUAAUAACUUCAGAGGACCGGAAGUUGUCAAAAUCGAAUCAACAUUUAUUUAUGGAGAAUUCUGCCAGUAAAAAAUUGAAACAAAAGCCCAAGAUAGUUAAUAUACAACAUUUAAGAUCAAAUUCGAUAAUAAAACAUUCUUCCAUGCUAGAGAAAAGGCAAAAAUCUUUGACUAUAGAUGAAAAAUUAGUUAUCCAAUUGGAGGCAAAACGUCAACGUAUGAUAGCAAAAUUUCGCGAAAUACCUAAAACUAGUCUUACUCGGGGGAAAAAUCAACAGGGUCGAAUCAUUUUUAGGGGAAAGAAUAAUAUUAAUUUAAAGAAGAACAAUCAAUAUAAAUGUAGUCAGAAGAAUGAGGAUAAAUUCAACGAGAAGAAAAAAAAGAAAAAAAGGAAAAAAAGGAUGGAAGAAUCAGAUAAUUGUAAUGAUAAUAGCAACAACAUUAACAACAACAAAUAUACUGAUGAUAAUGACAAUGAUUUUGAUGACAUUAAUAGUAAUAUUAUCAAUAAUGAUAAUAAUGGUAAUAGUAAUAGUAGCAAUAAUGUAAACAAUAGUGCUAAUAGUAACAAUAACAUUGACAAAUGUACAAAGUAUUUAUCCAUUGAUAAUACGUCAGAAAGUAAAAUUUAUAACUUAGAAAAUUCAAAAGAAAGAGAUAACAAUAAAAACAUGCAAAAUAAUGAUUUAAUUAUCAAAAAUGACACCAAUAAAAUCAUUGAAAUACCGGCUGAAAACAUUACUAGUGACAUUGAAGUCAAUAUAUAUCAACAAGCAAAUGCGCUUAAAAUGGAAAAUCAAACUCAUGCAAAACACACGCGUAACAAGAUUGACACGGAAAAUGAAAAAUGUGAGAAUAAUACCGCUAGCAAAAAUAUUUUACAUGGAAAUGACUUCAAUAAUAUAGAAAACAAUUAUAAUGGGAAAGAUACGUGCAAAUUAAAAGAAUGUCUAAAUUAUAAUAGUAAUAAAACAAGUACUUUAUUAAAAUCAAAGGUUGAUCAUGUAAAGCGAGAUUUGUUCAAUGACGAGGAACAAGUAUUAAAGAAAGAAGAGACAUUAAAUGCUGAAUUUUCGACUAAUCGGAAAACUAAUAAUGUUCCUAAUGUUCAAACACACGAUACCGUUAAGAAUACUACAACUACUGAAAGUACCAAUUCCCAAAAUUCGAAGAGUUUAUCGCACGUUCUUCAAUGCUUACAGCUUAUUCCGACGUACAAGCAGGAUUGUACAGCAGAAUCUCAAUGCACGAAAUAUAAUCGUAAAUUAGAUCUCAAUGCAACUAUUCCUAACUCAGUAGAAUAUCAUUUUCUAUAUGACGAUAAUGCAUCCUUCAAAAAAAGAAGGCGACGGUAUAGUAAUCAUGAGUUAGAAUAUCAAAUUAAUAUUGUUUUGAACGAUCAAACUUGUAAAGAGAGAGUUAAAAUAAUGACUGCCACUGAUUAUGAGGAAAUAUUUAACUUGCCGCCAAAGCCUAGAAAAAGAUUAGGAAACAAGAAAUCACCAAUUAAAUAUGAAAAUAGUUGCGAAGCAUUAAAUAAAAUAUCUGUCGAUAGUUCAGUUAUUAAAAGUAUAAACGCGAAACCUAUAGCUACUUCAUCUCCUCUGGAGAAGCCAUUAAUUUGCACAAUGAAAAAAGUUGCUGUUAAAACUACCAUGAAUGAAAGAAAAAACGAAGUAUCGCACAAUAGUACAAAACGAUUAAAAGUAAAUAAAAUUCGAGAAGUUGAUAAAGACUGAGAAACAAGAAUGUACAACGGAUCCACAAACAUUACUAAACAAUUUAGAUCUAGAUAAAUUUUUAACUUCAGUCCAUGGACCAGCAUAAAUAUUAAAUAUAGCUUUUUAAAGUUGUAUAG